CACAUUGCACCGCAUAGAAGUGAGGUCACUGUGCUACAAUUAAUUAGCCUAGCUAGCGUGUGCACCGCUAAGCUAUAAUAAUUUGAUAAAUAUAUAUGUUCUGAGGGCUUAACUGUACGGUGGAAAAAUGUCUGGCAGCGCAGGAGAAUGGUGUCUGAUGGAGAGCGACCCCGGAGUGUUCACGGAGCUCAUUAAAGGUUUCGGCUGUAAAGGGGCUCAGGUUGAAGAGAUCUGGAGUAUGGAACCAGAGAACUUUGAGAACCUGAAGCCAGUCCACGGGUUGAUUUUUCUCUUCAAGUGGCAGCCAGGGGAAGAACCAGCAGGAUCAAUUGUCCAGGAUUCAAGGCUAGACCACAUUUUCUUUGCUAAACAGGUCAUAAACAAUGCAUGCGCCACCCAGGCGAUCAUCAGCGUUCUGCUCAACUGCUCCCAUCCGGACAUGUUGCUUGGCGACACAUUGACAGAGUUCAGAGAGUUUUCUCAGAGUUUUGAUGGAGCUAUGAAGGGUCUGGCUCUCAGCAACUCUGAAGUGAUCCGACAAGUUCACAACAGCUUUGCAAGACAGCAGAUGUUUGAAUUUGAUGCAAAGUCUUCAGCAAAGGAUGAAGACGCCUUUCACUUUGUGAGCUAUGUUCCUGUUAACGGCAGACUGUAUGAGCUGGAUGGGCUUCGGGAAGGACCAAUCGACUUGGGUACCUGCAACCAGGAUGACUGGAUCAGUGCAGUUCGCCCAGUAAUUGAGAAAAGAAUACAGAAGUACAGUGAAGGAGAGAUCCGAUUCAACCUGAUGGCCAUCGUAUCCGACAGGAAGAUGGUAUACGAGAAGAAAAUUGCAGAGCUCCAGGCUCAGCUUACAGAGGAGGAGCCCAUGGACACAGACCAGAACAACACAUUUCUUAGCUCCAUCCAGUCAGAGAUUGCCAAGUGUCAGCUCCUUAUUGAAGAGGAGAACCAGAAGCUUAAAAGAUAUAAGAUUGAAAAUAUUCGACGAAAGCACAACUACCUUCCCUUCAUCAUGGAGCUACUGAAGACAUUGGCAGAGUACCAACAGCUAAUACCUUUGGUGGAAAAGGCAAAAGAAAAACAGAGCGCUAAAAAGGCUCAGGAGGCCAAGUGAAGAACACCAACACUGACUUCAUCAGAGAAAUUUCCAAUCAGACAAAAGCACCCAAUCAUCCUGAACACCGGAGUUACUCUUUCGUCAGUGAGCCAUGUACAGAUUCAUCAGUUAUCUUCAUGAGAGCGAGUGUGGACGGCCUGCGGCGCUCACACUGUGGCUUCCUGUGAAUUAUUCAGAAAGAAAGAACUGCACUGCAGCUGCAGCACAGAGACUGUCUGAUGAAACGCUGUCCCCAUGUGUUUUUAUUAGCGCUAAUGCAUGUCUGAAGGAAAAAAUGUGGUAAUAUUUUGUUUUGUCUUAUUUUCAUAAUAAAAUGUCUAGACAUUUGUGAGUUGUUUGGUUUUCAGAGAUUUAAUUUCCAUCUUGCUCUUUUUCACCCAUCUUCUGGUUUAUAUUUUAAGCCAGACGAUGGUUUAAGAUAUUGUAGAUAGAAAAGAGUAAAUUACUUCCAAAAACUCUCCGACAUAUUCUAGAAAAAACAUGGCAAUUUCUGAGUUUGUAAAGUGGAAAUUUUUUGACUUUUCAAACUAAGAAAUGUCCAAGUGUUAGGGGUCAAUUCUGUCUACAACAGUCUUUAUACACCGUGGUAUAAUCUCGUCUAAAGAGAUUCAGUGCUGUUAGUCAGACAUGAGUUUUUACCGCCACCUACAGUCGAAGCGAUGUAAUAGCAUUUUAAAAGUGUUGCUGGAGCGAUCACUAAGUCUACAUAAUUCAUAAGGUAUCACUCAAACAUUGGGAUGUGGUUUGCAUGCCAUUAUUAGUUCAUCUAAUAUUUUUUUGUGUUAUUUGAUUUUGAGUCAUUAAAACUUACAGAUGAUUAAAACCAAUGUUAAGUAAAUGGAUAGUAAAUGUUAAGAUAACAUUUACUAUCCAUAACAAAAAUGGAUAGUAAAUGUUACUGUCACAACUUCCUGGAGAAGAUGGACAUUAACACCUUCAACAUGAAGCUGAGGUCACACGUUAUUAAAGAUGCUGGCUGUUCAGAGUGGUGCAACCAAUCAUUUAUGAAUCGUUGAGCUCAAAGAAAAAGUGGGGUAGGAAUAAGUGUACAAGUAACAGGGCAGCCAUAGUCUACAGAGGAUUGCCCUUACCUGGAUUAAGGAGGAAAAGGAAUAAAAUUUUGCACUACAUUUGGAAAUCAAUGUUGCAGAGUCUGGAGGAGGGAGGAGAGACACCAAUGUAUAAUUACUGGAGGACCAGAGUUAACUUUCCAGUCAGUAAGGAGUUCUGGAUAAAUGUGAGCUGUCUUUUAUCAAGACUAAAGUCAUCAUAGCCAUGUGCUUGGACAUUUGUGAGCACUUCAUGCUUCCAUCUGCUGAAAAGUGUUAUGGAGAUGAUGAUUUUAUUUCCCAACAGAACCUAACACCUACCCACACUGCCAAAAGUGCCAAUACCUGGUUUAAAUUCCAUGAUAUAUCACGGCCAGAAUACCCAGCAAACUCCAUGGCAUGACAUGUUUACGCAGCAACUCGUGCAAAAGAAACCCAGACCAUGUAUUAAAUUUAGCAAAGCAAUAUUUCUCAAUAUUUUGCAAAUAUUACAUUUUUAUGCAAUUUCAAAUCCUUCUCAGACAUUAUUUUGGGUUUUCAUUAGCUGCAAGCUGUGACGUCUUGAGAUAGUGUGAUGAAUCUACAUGAUGUGAUAAUUUAAUAGUUUUUAAUUUAAUUAGUUAAAACGGUUUUUUGAUGAUGAACAAAUGAUUUGAUAUUUUAAUUUGAUCUCCAUCUGUAUAUGUAGCCACAUGGUAACCAGCUGUAGUUUUAUUUAAGUAUGACUGAUAAAACAUUUUUGUUAACAUAUAAUCUCAUUUUGUUAGAAUCAUUGUGUUGCGAUUGUUAGCUUUUUGACAAAGCAUGGAAUUGUAAUUUUGUAAAUAAGACCAAUAAAAGAAAUCCAGUCCA